CUGUAAUUCCACAAUGAAACUGCAGCUGGAAGAAGGGGAAUCUUUCACUACAAAUACAGAGAGGCUGUAGCUUCUACUGAGCAUGUUUGAGACUUAAGCAGCAGCGGAGGAGGUGCACAAGAAAGUGUUUCUCAGUUAAGCUCUAGUUGUCCAUUAUGGCAUGAAUUUUUCCGGUGAAUCCACCAACUCCCUCAGGUCCAAGAAAUUAAUAAAUCCAGACUGUGUUGAGGAAUGUGGUGACAAUUUGGCAUUGAAGGGUUAACUGCCAGACAUAGAUGUUUUUUUUUUUUUUUUUAAAUUUAGGUUUGUGUAAUAGAAAUGGAGACUGGGUACAUACCAGAAUUGUGGACUUUGUCAGAGUGCUGCAGAAAGCUUUGUAAAGCUGGAAUCACAUGUGGAAACUUUCAUGAUUUUUUUUAACCAAAGCUAGGAGUGGAUUUAAAACGAUUGGCUUCCAGCCUAAUAGGAAUGUUAUAAGUUUGUCUAUUUUACGGCUUGAAAAAAAAUCACAUAUUUUAUUUUGUAUUUUCACAGAAAAUCCCAGUAUGGAUUCUGAGGGUAACAUUAUAUUAUCACUAAAUUGCAAAGUAGAAGAUGAAGCUAUCAUGCAGCGCUCUUCAGGAGAAAACCUCAUUACCUUAAAUGUAUAUCCAGAACUACACAGUACAGAUCUAUCCUAUAACCCCCCUAAUCAUGAGGAACCUUCUCCUGACCAAUCACAGAUUUUUACCACAAGUACAGGUCAAGUGGUUUCUAUACACAAAGGAAUUCACACAGUAGAGAUUUCAUACUCCUGCUCAGAAUGUGGCAAAUGUUUUAUAAAUAAAUCAAAUCUCGCUACACAUAAUAGGAUUCACACAGGAGAGAAGCCGUAUUCAUGUUCAGAAUGUGGGAAAUGUUUUAUACAGAAGUCACGUCUUGUUACACAUCAGAGAAUUCACAUAAGAGAGGAAGCGUAUUCAUGUUCAGAAUGUGGAAAAGGUUUUACAAAAAAAUCAAAUCUUGUUAGACAUGAGAGAACUCAUACAGGAGAGAAGCCGUAUUCAUGUUCAGAAUGUGGGAAAUGUUUUACACAAAAAUCACAUCUUGUUAAACAUCAAAAAUUUCACCCAGAAAAGAAUCCGUUUUCAUGUUCAGAAUGUGGGAACUGUUUUGCCCAAAAAGUUGAUUUUAUUAGACAUCAAAGAAGUCACACAGGAGAGAAGCCGUAUUCAUGUUCAGAAUGUGGGAAAUGUUUUAUACAGAAGUCACGUCUUGUUACACAUCAGAGAAUUCACAUAGGAGAGGAAGUGUAUUCAUGUUCAGAAUGUGGAAAAGGUUUUACAAAAAAAUCAAAUCUUGUUAGACAUGAGAGAACUCACACAGGAGAGAAGCCGUAUUCAUGUUCAGAAUGUGGGAAAUCUUUUACAGACAAAUCACUUCUUGUUAGACAUCAGAGAAGUCACACAGGAGAGAAGCCAUAUUUCUGCGCAGAGUGUGGAAAUAGCUUUACACAGAAAUCAAGUCUUGUUACUCAUGAGAGAAUUCACACAGGAGAAAAACCAUAUUCAUGUUCACAUUGUGAAAAAUGUUUUACAGAUAACGCCGGUCUUCUUAGACAUAAGAGAAGUCAUACAGGAGAGAAGUCAUUUUGAUAUUUUAUAUGUGGAAUCUUUUUUGUAAGGAAACCAAAUUCUAAAACUCAUCAGACCAGAACAAAAUAUGGGAAAUGCUAUAAAGUCAGCCAGAUCUUGAAGCUUUGAUAUGCCAGCCAGUGAUAUAAAUUCAGGGGACCCCCAUUCUAGAGAUAGAUGCAGAGCCUAGAGGUGGGGCCAUAAAUGUUUUAAAAUAAGAAUAAAGCAACUUUGCUCUUUUAAUUAUAAUGUUAUGUAGUAUUGCCCUGAAGUAAAAUUGUGUGUCACUAUCUACUGUUCUCACCAUGUGCUUCCACCUGAAGCUGUGUUCA